AUGAUUCCCAUUUCCUUUGUCACAUUGAAUCGGUGUCAAGCUUCGUGCUCAAUUGAGCAUGAGGAAAGAGCUCAUAAAACAAGGGAAAGAGAUCUUGUUGAAGGCGACGAUGUCGACGGAUUGGACGUGGUCCUCGAAGUCCCCGGUGAUUCUCUCGAUGAGGUCAUCGACAGAGACCUUGAGAUCCUCGAUGACGGUGAUGAUCUGGAGCUUCUUGAUUCCUGA